AUGUAUUCCUAUUAGCAUUACACUUAUCAACAUCAUCAUCAUCAUAUUGGAUUGACAAAUAUCCUACACAAAUGGAUUCUAGUCGUAUUCUAUCAAGUGAAAUGAUGACAACAACUACAAUUAGUGGUUGUAUGGGGAAUAAACAAUCCUUGAAAUUGCCAUCUACAGAUAUGAAUGUGGAGAACAACUUUAAAUCGCUAGAUAUUUACACUUUAAUUGAACAAAUUUCUAUUGAGAAUUUAUGGUUAGCUCAUCAGUUAGUGAAUUCAGAGCAUGGAAGUGUUAAAGAUGCACAGACAGGGAAUACCCUAUUACAUUAUUUAAUUUUAUCAGCUUCUAAAUUGGCAGCCAAACAGCAUAAUAAUAAUAGUGGUAGUAGUAUUGAUUUAUCUGAUGAUGAAAAUUUGUAUCCUGAAUGGGCUUCAGCGAUUGUUGGAUUAGUUUAUCGUCUUGUUAUACACGGUCGAUGUUCAAUUAAUGCACAGAAUAAUAUGGGAAAUACACCAUUGCAUUUAGUCUGUCUUCUGCCUUACACAGAAUUUUUAACAGUGCAUUUAAUACGUUUAGGAGCUGAUCCAGAAAUUAAGAACAAUUGUGGUCUUCAUAUCUAUUACAACUGUGAAGAAAGAAGAGCUUGGUUAGUAAAAAAUUUGCCUGGCUUAAACUGUGGUAUAUGGAAUGCAAUUAGAAGAGAAGAUCUAUCUAAAGUAGAUUAUUAUUUAUCCUGCUGGUGUCGAACUGUAGCAAAUCAACCAAGUGGAAAAAGUUUAUUCGAAUGUGCAAUGUCAACGGGUAAUUAUGAAUUAGUCAGACAUAUUGAUCAAGCACGUAAUACAAAUGAGUUGAUUGCAGCAACAUUGGCAUUAGAUUUAAACUAUAUGGAAAGUCUUUUAUCGACAAAGAUUGAAAAAGAAAGGUGUCAGGUGAACAAAUGUGAUGUAACCUUUGAUCCACCUCGCCCUUUAAUCGCCGAAUUAAAAAUGUUAUAUGGUUCUGAAGCAAAUGAAGCUGUUGAAUUGCUUAAAAAAUAUGGGACAUCUGAUGAAUUACUCUACCAUGAGGCAGUCAAACAGAAAAAAAUGGCCUUUAUCAACUCUUCAUUUUAUCUGCAAGUGAAAACAGCCAGAACAAUGUUAGAUUUAAAUAAAGCAUGGGAAUUAAUCGAUCAGCCUUCAUUUCAACCAAAACUUCGUAGACAUACAGAUCAGGCAACUUAUUUGCAUUUUUUAGUUGAACGUUAUAAAAGCUUAAGAUGUCAGCCAAAUUUACAACGGGGUUUAAUUCGCCUUAUGGCUAAACUUGCCAUAUCUGGUGUUGAUCUACAAGCACGCGACAGUUCUGGAAAUACUGCCUUACUUUAUGCUGCUAAAACCAGUCAUGUUGUAAAUGAGGAUGUUACAGAAUUAGCCGAAGAACCAGUUUCUGAACCUUGUGAUGAAGAGGAAAAUGAAGAAGUCGACAAGGAUGUACAAGAAAAUGUUCAGAAUAAUGAAGAGGAAACGGGUUCUUCAGAACACAGACCUGAUAGUGUUACUGAAAUAGAUAAAACAAAAGUGGGAGAAGAUCUCACUGAUGUUGGUAAUGUAGACAAUAAAACAGAUGUGAUUGGUAGCGAAGAAGUUUCUGUAGAAAAUACAUCUGAUCAGUCCAAUACGUCUACACCUAUUCUGUGCCGUUCAGCAACAGAAGAGAUCAAAGAACCAUCGAAUUUGUACAUGAAAAUUCCACAUUUCAGUGAUCAACGUUUGAUUUCUGUUUUGAUUCAACUGGGUUUGGACAGUUCAAUCCCAUGCAAUGAUGGUUAUUCAGUAUAUCAUGAGAAUUAUAUUCCUAAAGGUGUAUACACUAUUGCUAGAAAUAUACAAACCAGUCUACUGAAAUGCAGUAUUAAACAAUCCAAAGGUAUGAUAGAUCAUCCCGGCAUAUGGCCAAUUGUCGAUAGACUAGUUUACAGUAUACAACACAAUAAAUCAAAUGAUAUAAUCAAUUACUUUUAUACUGAAUUAGAGAAUACAAUUAAAGCAAAUCUAAUUUGGUUAAAAGCAAAACGCUCUGGAUUAACAGUCAUAGAAUGGAUUAAAUCAUUAUGGAGUCAUCAAAAUCAUUGUGAAAAGUCAACUGAAUUAAUGUCUACCAAAGUGAUAAACAUGCUACAACGUUAUAUCAGUUUAACUGACUUCGCCGUCUACGCUUUAGCCGGUGAUAUAAAACAGAUGAAACAAUGUUUAGCAAUGGGUAAAGGUCAACUGAAAGCUCAAUUACACAUGGAAAAAUAUUUAAUAAGUAUCAAUAAAAAUAAUGCAAGAGCAAAUUUUAUAUCACGUCCAUUAUUGAUUAAUGUAAUGGAAUAUUCUACACCAGAAGUAUUAAAGCUUAUGAUACAAUCUGGAGCUAAUUUAAGUGAAUAUUAUUCAGAAACAGAACCAUUCGGUCCGGUGGCAUUUUGGAGUUUCAAAGAAUUUGUCAGUCUUCAGCACACAUAUGAAGUUAUUAAAGAAGCUCCUAUUCAUUUAAGAGACUCAAAUGGAUCUUCAUUGUUUCAUUAUGCUGCAAAUCUAUUCCGUGUAAUACAUCCAGAAGAUGUGAAUGGAUUUCAUUGGGCAAGUUUGAUUUUAGCUACGGUAUUAAAGCGAGGAGUGAAAAUUUAUUAUCGAGAUGUCUGGGGAAGAACUGGACGUGAUUUAUUGGACAAGAAAACGCAGAAAUUAUUGUACAAAGAUAGUGAUUUUGAUGAAAAAGAAGAGAGUUUUAGACCGUUUGAAGAAAAGGGUCCAGAUCCUUUUGAUCUAUAUGAAAUAAUCGAUUCAGAUAGUGGUAAUGUACUGACAGCUGAACAAUUAAUUGAUCGUCAAAUCACUCUCCAGGUAUCUGCAAAUCAUUUACACUCGAUAGAAGAAUUAAUUCUCUAUGGUUAUAAUUAUCUGCAUUUAGCUAAUUCUGGUCCACCAAAGUACAAAUCUGCAAGAAAUAUAGCUGAAUGUAAAGAGUACAGUGAAAUGUUAACACUGUAUGAUACAGCUGACCAGUAUCGAUUAGAAAUGAGUAAUGUUCAUAAGACUGUUUUGACCGGAGAUUAUCAUCAUUUUCUUCAAUUAGUUAAUAUGAAAAAAGUUAUAAUGAGUCGUGAUUGGCGAGAACGUUCACUACUACAUCUAGCAGUACUCUAUCGUAGAACAGAUUUUGUUCUUCAAUUGAUUGAAUUAUAUCCAGAACUUGUGAAUUAUCAAGAUUGUCUUGGACGUACUCCAUUGCAUUAUGCAAUUUGUUUAAAUGAUAAUCGCCGGUUGUUUUUAAAAAUUGUUGCUAAAUCUGGAUUAGUUAAUAAACAAACGAAAGAUUUACGAAAUGUCUCAAUUAAUCAGUAUGGUGAAUUAUACGAGAAAAAUAUUCCUGAAUAUCGAAAUUUAAUCAAUUCAGAAAAAUCGUGUAUUUUACUUGAACCAAAUUGGCCAGAUCAAAGAAUCAUCAUUUCAUUGACAAUUGAACCAAAUAAUGAGUCAGUCAUAGAAAAAGAAGAAGAUUCCAGUAGUCAGAACAAUAAUGCAAAGUUAACAAAUGAACAGAUAGAAGAAAUUGACAAUUCUUUAUUAUUCCCAAUCCCUGGUGCAUUUAAUGCCCGUGAAUUGAAACGGAUUAACUCAGCAUUUCACUGGAAGCAACGGGCAUAAAUCAGGAUAUAUAAAAAAUACAACAUUUGCAUCGUCAUAAUCAUGACUGUCAAGAAAAACAAACUUUGGAAAGUUCCCUUUUUGACUAUCCACUUUCAAGAAGUUUCCCAUCUUCGUUUAGUAUUUCAAUGUUGCAUAUUCAAAACGACGGAAAUUUUCUUUUGGAUAUUCUUUCUGUAAUCAUUUUAUAAUUAUCCUU